AAAAAUUAUUUAGACAAAAAUAUGGAAUCUCAGAAUUUGCCCGAUGAUAUUCGCGAUAAAAUGGAGCAUUUUGACGAAUCACUUCAAGAAGUGGAGGAUGUUUUUAAGCCAUUUUUAAAAGUACCCAUAACAGACCUUCGUGAAAAGUUCUCUGAUCCACUUCAAAAUGCAAGAUUAGAUUUAAUGGUUGCGUACACUGCCAAUUCAUUGUUCUGGACUUAUUUAGUAACUCAAGGAAUUGACCCAAAAGAGCAUCCAAUCAAAGAUGAACUUAUUCGAAUAAAAAAUCAUAUGGCAAAACUUCAAAGUAUUCAAGACAAAAAGAAAAUGUCAAGGGUUGAUACAAAUGCUGCAAAGCGCUUUGUAAGGAAUGCAUUAUGGCAGCCAGAUGAGAAAGGAGAUGCAACUCAAAACAACUCAUCUUCACAACAAGAUUCACCACGCUCUUCCAAAUCUCACAAGAAGAGAAAAAGAACUGAAGAAUCUCAAAAAAAGAAGAAAAAGAAGAAGAAAAAGGAAGAUUAAAAAAUUCAUAUUUUACUGACUCUAAUUUUAAUUUUAUUUUAGCCUGUUUUUAAUUUAAACAUGUUUUAUACUACUAUUGAGAUAAGAGAAGGUACUUUCUAAUGCAAUUUGAAUCAAAAAGGUUCCUCAGGGUGGCUAAAACCUUUUUUUAUCCUAUGACAUAUUUUUUUCAUGUGUAGUAUUUAUUUUUAUUAUCACAUUUAUAUAAAUAAAAAGUAACCAGAUUGUUAUGACAGGCUUCA